AUGUUAGUGCAGCAAUGCAAUUAUGUCACACAGUGGGAGUUUUACGGAGACAGUCUUCCCUGUCUUGUUGCAGAAAAAAAGGCAAACACAGAGCGUGUGUUUGUGAUGGAUUUGGUGUCUCGUAAAUUAACCAAGCCCCUGAUUUUGUUUGCGUUUCAGUGCCAACACUGUGAGAAAGCCUUCAUGAAUGCCUCUUUCCUGCAAAGUCACAUGCAGCGCAGACAUCCAACGGAGUUUGACAUCAAACUGAUGACUGAUAAUCAGAAAAAAAUUCAGACCAUGAAGUUACAAGAGGAAAUCAACAAACUACAGGAGCAGUUGACCCUGGUCACGUCCCAAAUGGAGACACAGCAGAAAGACUGCACUGCUAAACAGGAGAAAGAGCUCAUUCAAAGGCAGGAAGAGUUUAAGAGACAACUGGAAAUAUGGAAAGAAGAAGAGAAAAUGCGGAUGAACAGCAAAAUAGAUGAAGUCAAGCAAGCCUGUCAGCGGGACAUGGAUUCAAUGCAUCAAAAGAACAGAAACCUAGAAAAUGAGCUGCUAAAAUUACAGCACAAAAAUAUCCAGCAAAGUGUGCAGCCGGUACAGACACAGCCCAGUACACCAGCCAGCAAUGAACACUGGCAGGAAGUUGUUAAACUUCAGCAAAAACUUCACAAACAAGAGGUGAAGUGGGCAGGGAAAACGCAAAAAAUAAAGGAGGAAUAUGACAGUGAAAAAAGUCUGCUUCAGGAGGAGUUGUUCAAACUGCGCUCGGCCGUGUCAGAAGGGAGGGAGGAAUCACGACGACAGGUGCAGGAGCUCAGCCACAGGCUGCAGGAGCAGCAGCAGAUUAUUACCUCCCAAAACAAGCAGAUGAAACAGAUCUCGUCAAAGCCGCCAGCAAUAACAGUACAGCGUGAAGUGGUUGCUGCCCCGGCUCCAGAGACUAAAGCUAAAGUGGUGCUCAGUGAUUCCUCUAGCAUCUCUGAAGGUCACACAGAGAGCCGGUCAUGGCAGCAGGAAGUGCAGGAGCUGUUGAAGAACCCGGGUUUAAGGAGAGACAUGCGUCUGGCAGCUCAGCAGAACCUUGAAGAUCGACUGCAGAGCUUAGGCAUCAAGGGAGUCAGUGGUCUCUCUGAAGGGACGUUUAAGAGCACCAUGACCCAGGUUAUUACUGAUCGUCAGAAGAGACAGGAAGAGGAUCCAGCGUGUCGGAGGGCUCUGAAAGAGAUCAGCCAUAAACUGGAGCAGAGAGUGAAGGAGAGGAACACAGAGCAGCCAGCCAAACCCAAACAACAUGAACAAGUGGUUCAGUCCAGACCCAGAUCCAGCAGUUUUCCAUCUACAGUAACUCGAGUGGUGUCAGGCCCUGCUCCUAAACAGCAGCACACCCCGCAACCAACUCCACGCAGCAGAACCAGCACCGUGCCCAAGACCUCCACACCGCUACAGCAUCACAGAACUCCUCCAUUCAGUUCUGAUGAAGAAUCAUCUGAGGAAGAGGAAUCGUCUAAAGAAGAAGAAACCCCUCAAACACAGAAGAAAUCCACCCUGGUCAACAGCACCACAGUCAAGGCCCAGACUGCUAAAACACAGCAGCGCUCGACCCCUCCCGCUCCUGCUGUGCGCUCCGCUGCUGCCGUGAUCAGUGCAGACAGAACGGACGUGACGGCUCUGAGCGAGAGCGACAGCGAGUGGACCGACGGCAGCGAGAUGGAGGAGCUCAACCUCUCACAGCUGCACAAACACACUGACCAGAAUGGAAACGUGGAGAAGAUUACUCACAGUAAUGUCAAAACUCUUAGCAAAAGCCUUGAAAAACAGCUGGAAGCACGAGGCCCAAAGAAACCAGCAGGGGGCGUUAAUAUGUUGCUUGAAAAGCCAACAGCUGUCAAAAAUAUAAAGCAAGAUGCAAAGAAAGAGCUAAAGUACACAGAUGAAGAUGAUGAGGAUGAUGACUGGGAUAUCUCCUCUCUGGAGGAUGUGCCCGCUGUGACCAAACCCAGCCAAUGUCCCGUACCCAUCAGGAAGAGCCUGGACAAGAGUCUGGACACCAGCACGAGUGUGUGGGGCUCAUCGACGGCCAAAGGACAGAAGCCAGGCCUCACAGACGCAGGAACCGGCAGCACUCUCAAGAGCAGUUUAGUGAGCGUCAGCGACUGGGAUGAUUCAGAUGAGAUAUAAUAAAAUGCAGCAGAGCAAUACCAAAACAUCCUCAAGUUAAUAUACCUUAUAAUUGUAUCUAUUGUAGCUCAGGCUUAGUGAUCAUUCAGGGACAGCAGUGCAAAAACUGUUUGAUAUUAACAGUGUUAAAGGUACUUUAUAUGAAAUAUAACGGUACAAGUACACCUAAUGCUAAGGAACAGCCAAGGGAUGUUGCACUUUAAAAUGAUUGC